AGCUGAUGUCGUUGCUUUUUUACUAGCAAUUUGGCUAGUUUGAGCUGUUGUGAGCUGUUGUGAGCUGUUGUGGGCUGAGCCUCAACAAAUAACGCCGCCAUGAGAUAUCCCGCCAAACUACCGCGGCCGUUGAUAUCUCUCAACACACGCCUCCGAGCCACAGGUCGUCCACCGGCAUGUUUUGCUCAACUAGACCGCAGCUUCUUCACACAAUCAAAACGGAGACGAGACAGCGGUGAUGAUGAGUCCAGUCAACUUGUCACUGAGAAAUCUGACGAGGGCGCAUGGGCCUAUUUUGCCCGGCGGUUCGAGUUUCUAUCUGCCACAGCUGAGCUUGAAUGGGCCAAUUUGUCAGACAGGUUGGUUGACUAUAUUCUUCCCGAAUGGUCCAAACAUAUACCCAUCUACGUAAGGAAGCUCCAAAAGGAGCUGUCAGUCUCUCCGGGAUCACUGGCAGAUGAGAUAUGGCAAGAGGCUCAUGACCCUUUGGUAAACCGCGAGAUUCGAUAUUCCGCUAAUGUUCGCGUCUCGUCGGAGUUAUGUGAUGAAGAGAAAGAGUUCCUUCUGAGACGGAAAAUUGUUACCCGAGCAGCUUUAGCAAGCUAUCUGGGGCUCAAAGAAAAGGACAUCAACCCUGACGACGUGCCGACCAUUGCUAUGUGCGGAUCGGGAGGGGGCUUGCGAGCAUUAAUAGCAGGGAGCGGGUCCAUGUUUGCGACAGACGAGGACGGACUAUUUGACUGUGUCACUUAUACCGCUGGUGUUAGUGGUUCGUGUUGGCUCCAGCUGCUCUACCUCUCCUCAUUCGCGAAAGGAAGCGUUGGCUCUCUAAUACAACACUUGAAAGCAAGAGCAUCUGUUCACAUAGCAUAUCCACCGGUUGCCUUUCAAUCUCUGACGUCUCUACCGACAAGCAAAUAUCUGCUGAGUGGACUGGUGGAGAAAUUGAAAGGAGACACCAACGCCGACUUUGGGCUUGUCGAUAUAUAUGGACUCCUACUAGGCGCUAGAUAUCUGGUUCCAAGGGGUGAACUGGGCGUCGAUGCUAGAGAUUUCAAGUUGUCGAAUCAACGUUUGUAUUUACGACAAGGGCAACGCCCAUUGCCCAUAUACACAGCUGUGCGGCACGAAAUUCCGGCUGAAGAGGUAAAAGCCUCUCGAGACCGCGGUGCUCCAAUACCUACAGUGGAGGAGAUGAAGAAAGAGCCUUAUUUCCAGUGGUUUGAGAUCACUCCCUAUGAGUUUUUCUGCGAGGAAUUUUCAGCUGGGAUACCAACGUGGGCCCUUGGCAGGCGCUUUUUUGAUGGCAAAGAUGUGCCACCCGAGAAUCGAUUCCAUCUACCUGAGAUCAGAACGCCUCUUCUGAUGGGUAUUUUUGGAAGCGCAUUUUGUGCAACUCUCAGCCACUACUAUCGCGAGAUUAGACCUCUUCUUAGAACAAUCACUGGUUUCCAGACGAUAGAUCAGCUGGUGUCAGUACGGGACGACGAUUUGAGCAAAGUGCAUCCUAUAGAUCCCGCCAUUAUCCCCAAUUUUGCAUAUCAAAUGUACGGAAAGCUGCCUAAGUCGACGCCAGCGAGUAUCUUAGAUGGAGAGUAUAUCCAGCUUAUGGAUGCGGGGAUGUCGAAUAACUUGCCUAUAUAUCCAUUGCUACGGCCGGGUCGCAAUGUCGACAUCUUAGUCGCGUUUGACGCCUCCGCUGACAUCAAAACAGACAAUUGGCUUUCUGUAGCGGAUGGUUACGCACGACAGCGAGGUAUUAAGGGAUGGCCAGUGGGGAUUGGCUGGCCAAAGCCAGAAGAGACACCGGAGCAGGCAAGAAAGGAAUUGACCGAAGCCCAGGCUGCAACAGCCGCCGAAGCAGAACAGAAAGUGGAAGAAGCCCAAGCUAAACAGAAGGAUCUCCGCGAGGCCGCUUCAAAGCAGGAUGUUGCCAAGCCGACGCAACUUGACGAAAAAUCGAAAUUCAAGCCAGGCAAUGAAAAAGCUGGUGAGCUCGGCUAUUGCACCGUAUGGGUAGGAACAACAGAAGAGCGAUCUACGGACUCCCCACCCAUCACAAAGCCUGUCACUGACGACACUUCAUGGCAACUGAUGGAGCCCAAUGCGGGUCUUACUCUCAUCUACCUGCCUCUUCUCUCUAACAAGAAGGUUCCCGGUGUCUCUCCCGGCACUUCGGACUUUUUGAGCACGUGGAAUUUUGUCUAUACCCCAGAUCAGAUUGACAGUGUCGUUAAGCUCGCCAAAGCCAACUAUGACGAGGGCAGGGAUCAGAUCAAGGCCACCGUGCGUGCCGUCUAUGAGCGCAAAAAGCAGCUGCGUGAGCAGGCUGAAACGCAGCGCCGCCUCGACAGCUAUACUGCCAUGGCCAAAAAGGGAGAGGAAUCUCUCCUGCAUCACGGAGAUCAAUUCAGCUAGAUCAAAGAGGCAGCUCUCCCCUCUCCCCUUGUUCUUUUAGCCUCAAGGAAAGCUCCUAUUAUUGGCUUGUAUAUCAUACUGUAUUAUCCUUUGGUUCGGGACUUUCUUAUUAUCGUUUUGGGGUGUUUCUCGUGCAAGAGGAAGUUUCCAACUUAUUUUUACAAUAUGCUUUGUAUUAUACAGUGGGGG